AUGACAGCAGAAAAGAUUACAUGGAAGUCCAUCGACGGGAAGGAACACCCAACCUUGUCGCCGGCGUUUGUCAGUAACGGCCACGUAUUUACCUCAGGAAUAAUUGGAUCUGACUACAGCACAGGUGAAACCCCCGAUAAGAUUGAGGAUCAAGUGCAUUUGGCGAUCAAAAACUUGGAAAAAGUACUCGUUGCUGCUGGUUCUUCCUUGGAUAAAGUUUUCAAAGUAACGAUGUUCCUUUCUCACGCUGAAUACUCUCAAAUUGUCAAUAAGAUAUAUGGGGAAUAUUUCCCCGGAAAGCCUGCACGUAGCUGUGUCAUCGUGGCCUUCAUGGACGCGGCUAUAAAAUAUGAACUGGAAGCUGUUGCCACCUCUAGUUAA